GUCAGGCAUCCUGGUUGGGGUGGGACGCAACGAACGAAGUGAAGAGGAAUCGGAGACGGAGAGGAGCGGCGGCGGCGGCGGCGAUGGCGGGCGGCGACAGGGAGAGGGAUGUGGAGGAGGAGACGCGGAACCAGAUGAUGCAGAAUCUCUUCGGCGACCAGUCCGAGGACGAGGAAGAGGAGGAGGAGGACGUCGAGGUCGUCGACGAGGACGACCACCCGCAUCAGCUGCAGCAGCAGCUCCGCCACGAGGUGGUGGACGACGACGACGACGAAGACGACGCCCACGCCCGCUCCGGUUACCACUCCGAAGAAGUGGAAGGUGAGGCAGAUAAUGGAGGGGAAGGGGAAGCUGAAGGAGAAGGUGAAAGCGAGGGACUAGUUGGGAUGGAAGAAGAAAGUGAAGCUGAAGCUCAUCGGCCUGACCUUGAUCAAGGAGAAAGUGAUGGGGAAAAGGUCCAGAGCUCCCCAGAAAGAGAACCUAGUGAUCACGUGAUGCAAAAUGAUGCAACAGGCAUGGAUAGUGAGGAUGAAGCCUAUGAGCAGCGGGCAGUAGCUAGCAGAAGAAGAGGAAUUGUUGCCUCUGAAUCCGAGGGGUCUGAAGAUGGCUAUUAUGCUGGUCGAGCUCAUGAAGAUGAGGAGCCUCGUCAGAAAAGGAAAGCAAGCUCGCCUGUUGAGGAGGAAAGAGAUCAUGAAGUUGUCCGUGAUGUAUUUGGUGAUAGUGAUGAAGAUGAGCCUGCUCCAUAUCAUGAUCAACAUGAAAUUGAUGAAGAUUCCCAUAGGUCACCUCUGGAUGAUGAAGGUCACUAUGAGAAGGAUAUGCAGCCAGAGGAUGUAGUGGCUGAUGAAGAUAUGAGGUAUGAGUCAGAUGAAAAUCGUGAACUGAAACCAAAAGAGAAACCAGUUGGUCCACCAUUGAACCUGGUGGUUCCACUUAAGGAGCCACCAGCUCAACCUGACAGGAUGAAUGUGAUCAAGGUAUCAAACAUUAUGGGGAUUGACCCGAAGCCUUUUGAUCCUAAAACAUAUGUGGAGGAGGAUGUAUUUGUCACAGAUGAAUCUGGGACCAAAAAAAGGAUACGACUGGAGGACAAUAUCGUGCGGUGGAGAACCGUUAAAAAUGCUAAUGGCACAACAUCUUGUGAAAGUAAUGCACGGAUUGUAAAAUGGAAAGAUGGGACCAUGCAGCUGCUGAUUGGCAAUGAAGUUCUUGAUAUAUCUGUACAUGAAGCGCAUCAUGAUCAGUCCCAUCUGUUCCUGAGGAAUGGGAAGGGAGUCCUUCAAUCACAAGGAAGGCUCUUACGGAAAAUGAGAUUCAUGCCAUCUUCAUUGUCUUCGAAAUCACAUCGUUUAUUAACUGCUCUUGUUGAUUCUCAGAAUAAGAAAACGGUUAAGAUGCAAAAAUGGAUUGAAUCUAAGGAUCCUGAGAGAGUGAAGCAGGAAAAAGAAAGGGCUGAGGGCCAAAAUAUUCGAGCCCAUUCAAUUCUUCAACGCAAAAGAGAAAAGGUUAACCGCAAGUACACACAGCCUGCGAGGCAAAGACGGCAGCUUUCUCCUGGGUUUUUGGAAGAUGCGCUAGAUGAGGAUGAGGAACCUGACCAUCAAUACGGUUCUCGCCGGAUGCCAGCUCGUAGUCGUUUUGAGGAUGAAUUGGAGGCUGAAGCACUAGCUGAGAGGCGCAUAAUUAAUGCAAAGAAGUCAAGUAUGAACAGAAACAUUCCUCGCAAACCAACGUUUCCUGCUCGUCCACCAGGCCGUCAGGCAAAUGAAUACUCUGAGAGUGAAAGGGAGGAAUCAGAGUAUGAAACUGAAGGAGAGGACAUUGAGCACUCACCAACCCAGGGAAGGGAAGAUGAGCUUGAUGAAGAGGAUGAGUACGAGGAAGAUGUGGAAGAAGAAGCAGCUAUGUCAGAUGAAGAAAUUGAGGAACCAAAACGGAGGAGAGAAUCUGGGGGCGGUAGCCAAAGGCGCAAGGAGAUCGACUCAGACGACGAUUCUCCACCGAGAAAACAGCAGGCUGUUCAUCGUCGGAAGGCGGUCGUUUUUGAUAGUGACGACGAGUGAUGAAGAAAAAGCUUUGCAAACACCAACGUUGGCAUUCCACCAUUAUUUCUUCUUGAGGAUUGAUUAGUAGUAAUAUUAUUAUUACAAAACGAUGUUAAUUGUUACUAGUAUUUGGGAUGCUGUCUUGAGGUCAAAUGUUAGAUGUGCUACCAGUUUUCCUACACUAAUAUAGUACUAGAUCUGGUAAGCCGUCA